UGUGGCUGUGCAGGCUUGAAUGGUUCUCUGUGUCCUGCUCUGAGAUCUGCUGUCGGGUGCAUUGAGGGGACCUCAGGAAGCUCUGAGAUUUAGACAUGGAUGCAGUGACUUUUGACGAUGUGCAUGUGAACUUCACUAAAGAAGAAUGGAAUUUGCUGGAUCCUUCCCAGAUGAAUCUCUACAAAGAUGUUAUGUUGGAGACCUACUGGAACCUUACUUCUAUAGGUUACAAAUGGGAAGACCAUCACAUUGAAGAACCAUGUCAAAGUUCUCGAAGACAUACAAGUAGUCUCAGAUAUCAUAAAAGAACCCAUACUGGAGAGAAACCUUAUGAAUGUAAUCAUUGUGGUAAAGCCUUUGCAACACCCAGUCAUCUCCAAAGACAUAAAAGAACCCAUACUGGAGAGAAACCUUAUGAAUGUAAUCAAUGUGGUAAAGCCUUUUCCUCUCACAGUAAUCUCAAAUAUCAUAAAAGAACCCAUACUGGAGCAAAACCUUAUGAAUGUAAUCAAUGUGGUAAAGCCUUUGCAAGAUCUACUAGUCUUCAAUAUCAUAAAAGAACCCAUACUGGAGAGAAACCUUAUGAAUGUAAUCAAUGUGGUAAAGCCUUUUCCUGUCACAGUGGUCUCAGAUAUCAUAAAAGAACCCAUACUGGAGAGAAACCUUAUGAAUGUAAUCAAUGUGGUAAAGCCUUUGCUACAUCCAGUCAUCUACAAUGUCAUAAAAGAACCCAUACUGGAGAGAAACCUUAUGAAUGUAAUCAAUGUGGUAAAGCCUUUUCCUCUCACAGUAAUCUCAAAUAUCAUAAAAGAACCCAUACUGGAGCAAAACCUUAUGAAUGUAAUCAAUGUGGUAAAGCCUUUGCAAGAUCUACUACUCUUCAAUUUCAUAAAAGAACCCAUACUGGAGAGAAACCUUAUGAAUGUAAUCAAUGUGGUAAAGCCUUUUCCUGUCACAGUGGUCUCAUAUAUCAUAAAAGAACCCAUACUGGAGAGAAACCUUAUGAAUGUAAUCAAUGUGGGAAAGCCUUUUCCUGUCACAAUAGUCUCAGAUAUCACAAAAGAACCCAUACUGGAGAGAAACCUUAUGAAUGUAAUCAAUGUGGUAAAGCCUUUGUAGCAACUACUGCUCUCCAAAGACAUAAAAGAACCCAUACUGGAGAGAAACCUUAUGAAUGUAAUCAAUGUGGUAAAGCCUUUUCCUGUCACAGUAGUCUCAUAUAUCAUAAAAGAACACAUACUGGAGAGAAACCUUAUGAAUGUAAUCAAUGUGGUAAAGCCUUUGCAAGACCUGCUUAUCUCCAACAUCAUAAAAGAACCCAUACUGGAUAGAAACCUUAUGAAUGUAAUCAUUGUGGGAAAGCCUUUUCCUGUCACAAUAGUCUCAGAUAUCACAAAAGAACCCAUACUGGACAGAAACCUUAUGAAUGUAAUCAAUGUGGGAAAGCCUUUUCCUGUCACAAUAGUCUCAGAUAUCACAAAAGAACCCAUACUGGACAGAAACCUUAUGAAUAUAAUCAAUGUGGUAAAGCCUUUUCCUGUCACAGUGGUCUCAGAUAUCAUAAAAGAACCCAUACUGGAGAAAAACCUUAUGGAUGUAAUCAAUGUGGUAAAGCCUUUGCAAGACCUGCUUAUCUCCAUUGUCAUAAAAGAACCCAUACAGGAGAGAAACCUUAUGAAUGUAAUCAGUGUUGUAAAGCAUUUCAAGUCACAGUCAUCUGCAAUGACAUAAAAGAUCACAUACAAGAGAGAAACCUCAUGAAUGUUGUCAAUGCAGUAAAGCCUUUGCAUGUCAUAUUCUUCCCACGUACACAAAAUACAGCACACUGGGGAGAACCCUCAUUAUUGUAAUCACUGUGGUAAAAACCUUGGCAAUUUACUGUCAUCUGCAACUACUUAAAAGAACACAUUCAAAAAAGUAACUCUUUCCAUUUUUCCAGAGUACUAAUCCCUUGUGUGACACAGUCAUCACCCCAUACAUAAAAGAACACAUAUGGCAGAAAAACUGCAUGAAUAUAAUGAAUAAGGUAAUCCCUUUUGAGGCCAUAGUCAUCUCCAAAUACACGGAAAAACUGUGCAGGAGAGAAACCUUAUGAAUGUAAUUGAUAUGAGAAAACAUUUACAUAUCACAGUCAUUUCCAAGUACAUAAAUGAGCACAUAGUUGAGAGAAGCCCUGUGAUCGUAAUAAAAGUGUUAAAGCCUUUGCGUGUCACUGUACUCUCCAAAUACUUAAAGGAACACACGUUUUAGAGAAACCUUACAAAUGCAAUGAAUGUGGGAAAGUCUAUGCAUAUCACUAUAGUCCCCAAAGACAUAAAAGAA